AACACUGGAGACUGAAGGUGAAACUGUUGAAGCUGAACAAUUUCAACUCCGUAGCAUUUAAGAACGUUCAAGAUAUCUAAUACGAAAGUAGAUUCCUGCCUCACACGUCACACUGCUCGGCUAUAACAAGAUAAUUCCUUGAAGAUGGGGCACCAAUCCAAACCUGUGCAACAGACAUCCAGACCAUUGCAGGUGGUGUUACUUGGUAAAACAGGAGCAGGGAUUAGUGCCACAGGAAACACCAUCCUGGGACGCAAAGAUUUUGUCUCAAAGAAGAGUUCCAAAUCAGUGACUGCUGAUAUUGAGAAACAAAAUGUCACCAUUGAAGGAAGAGAUCUUGUCGUGUAUGACACUCCAGGAUUCUGUAACCCCGAUCAAUCCGAAGAGCAAAUUCAGGAUAAAGUCCAGAAUGUCCUCAAGUUAACCUCAUCUGGUCCCUGUGUGUUUCUCCUGGUGGUGAAGAUAGAUGCAUUAACAGAAGAAGAGAAGAGGGUCAUUAGUAAAGUAGAAGAUCUUCUAGGAGAGAGUCUUUUGAAGCAAACCUGGAUCCUGUUCACCAGAGGAGAUGAGUUGGAAGACCAGACUAUAGAAGAAUUCAUUGAGGAGUCAGAUGACCUCACAGAAGUGAUGAGAAGAUACGGUGGAAGAUACCAUGUGUUCAACAACAAGAGGGGUGAUCCUGAGCAGGUCAAAUCACUGCUGGAAAAGACAUCCAUCUGUCUCAAUUCAACACUUUCAAGGAGCUCCUCCACCUUGAAUCUCCCAGAGAGAAGGAUUGUUCUGCUUGGUAAAACAGGAGCAGGGAAGAGUGCAACAGGAAACACCAUCCUUGGUGGGAGAAGUUUCCAUUCUGAACUGAACUCGUCCUCAGUAACACGUAAAACAGAAAUGAAGCAGGCAGCAGUAGAUGGGAGGGUUGUCCGUGUGGUUGAUACUCCAGGACUGUUUGACACACAGCUCACUGCUGAAAAAUUAGCAAAAGAGAUUGGUAUGAGCAUCUAUGAGUCUAGUCCAGGGCCUCAUGCCUUCCUCUUAGUGUUGCGAGUGAAUGACAGGUUCACAGAGCAGGAGAAAAAAGUUAUUGAAAUUCUAGAGAGUUUGUUUGGGUCAGGACUGGCAAAGCACACCAUCAUCCUCUUCACCCAUGGAGAUGCGUUAGAGGGUAACAGUCUAGAGAAGCUGAUUGGUGGGAACAGUGACCUCAGUCGAUUGGUAGAGCAGUGUGGAGGGAGGUACCAUGUCCUCAACAAUAAAGCUAGAGGAAACAGAGAUCAGGUCACAGAGCUGAUGGAGAAGAUAGACAGAAUGGUGGAGGAGAAUGGAGGAACCUGCUACACCAAUGAGAUGUUUGAGGAUGCAGCCAGGAUUAAGGAGGAGGAGGAGAGGAUCCAGAGUGAGGGGAUUGAGAAGAUCAACGGUGGGAAAGAAUUUUGGGAUAGAUGGGGGAAAACUAUUAAACAUGCAGUGAUAGGUGCAGGGUUAGGUGCAGUGGUAGGUGCAGGGUUAGAGUUGUGUGUAGGUGGUGCACCUGGUACCAUUGCAGGUGUGAAAUAUGGGGCAACGGUAGGUGCUGCGGUAGGUGCCAUUGCAGGUGUGAAAUAUGGGGCAACGGUAGGGGGUGCCAUUGCAGGUGUGAAAUAUGGGGCAACGGUAGGUGCUGCGGUAGGUGGUGGUGCGGUAGGUGGUGGUGUGGUAGUGAAAAUGCAGUGAAAUGCAGUGUUGGUAGCUAUUACAUCCCCAAUCAUUCUGAAAAUGUCUUAACAACCGACACUCCAAUUCAACUUAGAGCCUAGUACAAUAACAGGCCUACAGCUUUAUGAAAAUCCUCUCUGCAUACAUCAUUUAAAUUUAAAUAAAAAUUAUUUUAUUUUUUACAUACAGUAUAUCAUGAUUAAAGCUAUAGUAUAUAACAGGGGUCUCCAAACCUGUUCCUGGAGAGCUACCCUCCUGUAGGUUUUAACUCCAACCCUGUUCCUGGAGAGCUACCCUCCUG